AUGCGCCUCCAUAUCGUACUCUACCUAUCUACUCUCCUGUCUACGGCCGUCGCGGGAACGAUACAACGGCGAGAUGCAGACUUCCUCUCUGUCAGGAAAAAGCUCCUCAAGGACCACAGUGGUCGAGCCGGCGACCCCCCAGAGAAAUAUUUCCAUGAGGCUACCUUCCAUCCUCACUAUGACGGACGAUUUGCCGACCAUGUUCUCGGAGAAGACGAGCAGAAGGAAGCCUUGAAGAAUCUCCUCCAGACCUAUUUGGCGACAAUGUCAGACAUCGGCGUCCAGACAUGGCUAAUGCAUGGCACUCUAUUGGGAUGGUGGUGGAAUAAAAAGAUUAUGCCAUGGGACUCGGACAUUGACGUUCAGGUGUCCGAGACAAGCAUGCACUAUCUCGCCGCCUAUCACAACAUGUCUGUCUUCCACUACAAAACCCCUAGGAUCACCGAUGGGCGCGACUACAUGCUCGAAAUCAACCCUCACUACAAUAACCGCGACAAGCAGGACACCAUGAACCAUAUUGAUGCAAGAUGGAUCGACACCGAGAGCGGUCUCUUCAUCGACAUCACUGCAGUUCGAUACGAUGUGGAUCACCCAAGAGGCCCGAACAUGCUCGUAUGUAAGGACGGUCAUGAAUAUAAGGAUACCGAUAUUUUCCCCCUGCGAAAGACUUUCUUCGAAGGGACAGCAGCACGGAUACCCUUUAACUUUAGAGACGUUCUGGCAAACGAAUACGGAAGAGACUCUCUGCUUGUGAGAGAGUACGAGAAUCAUGUGUUCGUGGACGAAAGAAUGGAGUGGAUACCGACGAACAAGCUGAUUCCCUUGAGAGCGAUCGCAAACGAUGAUGGCGGAGACGUCAAGAAGGAUGAGCCAGUUGACUUGAAAUUUGAGCAAGGAGUUUCGCAGUCAUAA